GUCCCUCCACCUGAGACUGCGACACCUCUCACAGGGCAGGCUCCUGCUGGAGCAGUGCAGGACUCACCCCAAUAUAGCCGCAGCAGUUGUCUAAAUGGCCCCCAUGGAGAGGGAGGCUUCUCGCACAGUCUAGCUCAGUUUUCAGUGGUGUUUUCAGCCCAGGCAUGAGUACUUUCAAGAGGGUUUUACUGUGGUCCAAUGUUUGGGACAGGAGUUUGUACCAGGAGGACCCUUCAUGGCCGGCUGGAGAGAGCAGGACACUGGCCCAGAGUUGCCCAGAGGCAGCCGAGCUGAGCUGGGAACUCUGAAGGCUCCCUUUCCAUUCUGUGCUGCUGGCUUGUACUGUGUGCCGGGGCCUUGCCUGGUCGGGUCUGUGGAUGGGUGUGGGAGGUCAGACUCGCCUCCUUGCCUCCUUGGCGGCCUCUCUCUGAGACUUGGGAGCAGUGACGGGCGUUUGGAUCUGGGUUGGGAGGGGAGGGAGGCCUCGGAUGGCUGGACCCAGGGGCACAGCCGCACCAUGGAUUGGGCCCUCUGUUAGCAUCUGUGUGGUUCCAUGUCCCGUGGGGGCUGGGAGCUCAUGCGUAGUGGAGAGAUGAUGCUUGGAGGGAGGGCCGUUAGGGACUUUCUAAGAGGAAGUUGCUGUAUUUAAACUCUGAGGCUUUCUAAGCAAGCAAGGAGGAAUUGGUUUGAGGUGGGGAGGCUGUGACAAUGUCUCCGGUCCUCUUCCAUGUGGCAUCAGUGCUUACUGCUUACCUAUGCUCCCACCUAAGAGCCGCUGACCAGCAGGGCUGCAGUUUACUCUCCAGAGUAAUGUGGGAUUCAUCCUCUUAGUUGUCAGGGCAGCUGUUCUCAUUGCCACUUAACAGGUACAGAAGCAGAGGCAUCGAGGGCUGGGCAGCUCCUGCCUUGCUUGGUGGGGACAGCACCCGCUCCCCGCAGCCCCCUUUCACAUAACCUGGUCAGCAAUGCCAUGAGAGUAGCUCCGGGAAGGUGAGCUACACCCCCAACCGCCUUCUUUCUUCUCCUUGACCACUGAGUGCAGGUUAGCUCAGCACAUGUCAUUCACCACCUCACUGAGCACCUACUGGGAAUCAGAGCCUGUCGCGGGCACCCUCCAUGGGUCAGCCCCGCCUGGCCUUGCCCUCUUUGCCCUCCCAGGACUCACACCUUUCACCAUGGAAAUCGCUGUUUCUGAAACAGCUGUUAAAUGGAGGCACAGAGCAUGUGCUCCAAGGGCCCAGAGGAAAGAAGGGGCCUCUGAGCUGAGCCUUCACAGGAACCAGGGUCUUGUUUGAGGGCACUGUGAGCAAAGACACAGAAGUGGGGAACCAGGCAUCCGGUGGGCGAUCAGGUGGAUGGCACAGCCCAGACCCCUGACUUGUACUCUGGUCCCCUGUUGCCGCCGUGUGGCUCUAGGCAAGCGCCUGAGGGCAGUCUGGUAGCAGGCCUUGCUGCUGCGCUGUCACUUUCAAAACUCCAGAAGCUCUGGCUGGUAGAGCUGAUUCUGUUCCACUUUUCCACCCAUCUCUGAUCUUUCAGCUUGGGAACAAGGCCUUACCACAAGCCAAAGAAGGGAGUCCAUCACCUGAACUAACUGAGCGAUUACCUGGCACCCCAGAGAUUCUGACUUACUUGGGCUGGGACUGAGCCCAGGGUCCGGGCAGGUUUUAAAGCUCUCCAUAGCGACUGAUGCGCCGCUAGCGUUGAGAACCACUGCUCUAUGCUCACCUUCAUGCAGCGGUGGUACACUGAGGCCCAGAGCAGGACAAGGUCAUGCAGGCAGUGGCAGAACCAUCUCUGGACUUCCGGGCCAGUGUUGUUCUGCUUGUGCAUGAGGAUCAGGCGAAGCAAGGCUUCCUGAGCCUUGUGUGGGGUGGGUUCUGCUAUCGCUACCUUGCCGGCAUGGGGUCUGUCCUGUUCCUGCUCCAAGACCCAUUCUGAUCCAAGAUGACCCCAAGGUAGUCACAGCUGCUGGGCCCUCAUCUCAUGAAAGCCUCAAGGAGUGGGUUGGGGCUGGGUGUGUGAUUCCUUGCCUUGGAGAUGCCCCUCUCGUAGUAGUUGGAGGGGAAAACCAGUUCAUUCUGGAAUCCUCCAUCCCCCUUAAUGUACAGCUGCCAUUUGUUCAGCUUUCUCAUGUGCAGACACCUUCUGUUGCACUGUCACAGCCUAGGGUCUUGUGGAUGAUCAAAUAGAGUCAGUUUCUUCAAAAAAAUAAGUGGAGGGCUGGGAAGAGAAUGGGCACCCACAUAAUGAGCGUUGACUUUAUGGCAGCCCUGUGUUAGGUGCUUUGCAUUUGUGAAAUCGGUGGUCCAUGACCAGGGGCUGUUUUGCCCUCGGGGGGUAUUUGGCUGUGCCUUCAGACCUGUUUGGUUGUCACAACUCUGCAGAUGGAUGAUACUAGGUUCUCUUGGACAGAAGCCAAGGAUGCUGAUAAACCUCCGAUACUACCCAGGGCGCCCCUCCCCCACUAACAAAGAAUUUUUCAACCCCAAAUGCCAAUAGUAGUGAGAUUGAGACACCUCUGCAUGCAAUCCUCCUGGCAGCCCCGGAUCACCCCUUGUUUUACAGAAAUGGGUUUGCAGAGGAGACUCAGACCCUAGUCCCAGGUCUGCCUGAGUGCAGGGCCCAGGCCUCUGCCUUCCUCUCCCGCCUCCUGGGCUGUGGUGCUGUGGGUGGGGUGGGAGGAGGUGAGAGCUGAAGGGUCACUGUGCCCCUGGCCUCUCGCCAUGGUUUCAUCAGCCAUGGGUGUGAGUCAGGUUCCGGGUCCGCCUCCAUAACCUGGCUUCCUCUUUUGGGUGGACCUUUAGGCACCAGUUAAAGGGUAGACAGAACCACACUGUGGAGAUUCUGAGUUCCGGAACCAGAGCAGGUACCAGGCCAGAAGAGGGGAAGGGCCACACUGUCCCCUUACCCAGGGCCCCUGGCUGCUCUGUGCAGAUGGAAGCUGAGGUCACGCCUGGUCUCCAUCGAAGCAGAACUUGUCUCCUGGUGGGUGCUUGUGGAUUCCUCCCAUUCUACCCAUGAGCUGCCCAAAAGCCACAGCAGCCUCCCCCCGAAAGGAGCUGCUGCCAGCCAGUGCUCCAGUUGGAGGGGAGCCUGCACACACCCAGAGGUGGGGACGUGGUGGGGACUUGAGGGUGGGGAUAGAGACAGGAGCAACAGGACAGAAUAAGCUCUCUGUGACCAUACCCUAUUUCUGGGCGUCACCAGUGAGGCCACACACCACGGAAGGCCACUGUGAAUAGUCUCCCUGUUUAAUUAUCCUUCCCCCAAGCCAUUUAUAGAGGCGAUGGCCUAACCCUAACCCCAAUAAGCAUCCUUUGUUCCUGCUUAGGGCUUUAAAGCUCUGUUAUGUCUCUGUGCUGUUCCCUCCUUAGUAACAAUCCCCUCGGUUGGUGUGCUUGUUCCAGAUGCGGAGAGGGGGCUGGGAGAGGCUGAAUGAACUGCCCUGGCUGGCACAGCUAGUCAGAGGUCAGGUAGGGCCUGAAACCAGAGGCAGUGGACACAGUCCAGUGCUCCCGCCGGUGUGCGCCGUCUCACUUCCUGCCCUUCGAGUAGUGGAGAGGACCUCUCAGGAGGUGGAGGGUGUGGUGGCGGUGAGCGAGCGGAAGAGGGUACCCAGGUGCUUCCUUGCUCCCCAGCUGGGGGCCAGCUUUAGGAAGGAGGACCACCCGCACUGACGGUCAUUUACCCAAUUGUGCUUUGUGGGAUAUUCAACCCAAGGAAUGUGGCGCCCCUGGCCGAGCGUAAGCGGAAGCCCAAGUUCUCCAAGGAGGAGCUGGACAUUCUGGUCACCGAGGUGACCCAUCACGAAGCGGUUCUCUUUGGGAGGGAGACCAUGCGGCUGUCCCAUGCUGACAGGGACAAGAUUUGGGAAGGCAUAGCUCGGAAAAUCACCUCCGUCAGCCAGGUCCCCCGCUCCGUCAAGGACAUUAAGCACAGAUGGGAUGACAUGAAACGGAGGACCAAGGACAAGCUGGCCUUCAUGCAGCAGUCCCUGUCGGGCCCCGGGGCCGGGGGCCGGGCCCCCACCAUUGUGCUCACUGCCCACGAGAGGGCCAUCGAGUCGGCGCUGCUCACAGCCCGUUCCGGUCACAGCUUUCCCAGGGCAGAACUGGAUGUCACUGACAGCCCUUCGACCAGCUAUGAUGAAGAUGAGGAGGUACCUGGGCCCUCGAGGCAGCCUCUCCGGGUGCCCCUGCAGCGGUCACUGGACGAAGAGGCCCACCUGGCCAGGCCCACCCUGCUCCGCUCAUCCUCCUCUUCAGACCAGUCUGAGACAGUGGGCCCCAAGCCAGAGACCCUGCCCCGGCCCUCGCCCCAGGCCCAGGCCACCUGCAGGACCCCUCGGCCACACCCCAACCCGCCCAACAUGGGCCUUGACUGGCAGCUUCUCCACGCCCACACCCAGCAGACUGAGAUGUUCCAGCAGUUCUGCCAGCAGCUGGUGACUGUGCACCGGGACAUGGCAAACAGCAUGCACGUUAUCAGCCAGGCCAUGGCCGAGCUGACCAGCCGCAUCAGUCAGAUGUGCCAGACGCUGACAGAGAUCCGGGAUGGGGUUCAGGCAUCUCAGCGGGGGCCAGAUGGGGCUGCCCCCAUGGGCUCUACCCCCCAGGCCGAGGCUCCCCCACCGGAGCCCCCGCAAGCUCCCCCGUCACCAGCCCCAGCACCAGCCCCUGCACGGACUACCAGGUCUCGGAAGAGAAAGCACAAUUUCUAACCCGGCCAGUCUGCACUAGGAGGAAGAGUGCUGGAGGAGGGGUGUCGGGCCUUGAGACAGGGGCCAGUCUCUUGUGUCCAGGACUGAUGACCCUUGUGGGAUAUUGGGGGGACUGUCACCUCCUCACCGAGUGCAGGCCGGCUGCCCUGUGCUCUAACAAAGCGUGUAUUCAGCCCUCUCAUCUUUGGCAGAUGCUCAAGAUUCAGGAAAAGCUCCCUGCUUGAUGCUUGCUUGGCCUGGAGGGUCCGCCUCCUUGAGGGUCAGCCUCUUUUUGGUCUGCACCCCAUGGCAGCAGGUCUUGCAGGGAAGAGGGGAACAGGCAUGAGGAGCAUCCAAAUGGAACCCUGCUUUCCAUCCUCAGGGCUGCUGCGUCAGCCUCCCAGGCCCUAAUUCUACUGCUUUUGAAGCGGGCGAGGCCUGAGGAUGGGCAGGUGGCACUCGGCCCUUCCAGGAGGGGUCUGUCCUCCCCUCCCCCAGGGCCAGGGCCCUGGCUUGGCCUCCCGCUUUCCCUCCUGUGUGCGUGUGCUCAGCUGCUGUGCUUGCCUUUUGUGGAGUGGGAAGAAGAAUGGGAUGACGUCGCAGGAAGGUGAAGACUACCUGGCGUUCUUAGUGAGAGCACUGGAUGCCUUUCCCUGCACUGCAAGUGUGCGAUCUCAGUGGGUUCUCAGGACAGCCGGGAGGCAGCCAAGUCGGGUAUUAUUAUCCUCAUGAUUGCCAUUAUCAUCUGCAUUUCAUAGAUGACAAAUGACACAGCAGUCGGGGGUGUGGGGAGUGGGCAGGACUGGAAGCCAGGUCUGUGGAGUUCUCAGCUCCCCUGUGGGAGGCCAGAUCUGGUGUUGGGAAGGGUAUUGCUCCCUGCCUGCCCCGCCUCAGCUCUCCUGAGUGGCAAUCGGGGGCAGCAGCAGCAUUUAGAAGGUGAGUCCACCCACCCUGCCCUGGCAUGAAGGCUGACAGCCAGUGGCUGGGGAGAGGCAGUGCCCAAGUCUCAGGAUCCAGAAGGAGACCCUUCCUCUGGCUUCUAAAAGAACCCAGGGCCCAGCCGGGCCCCUGUCCGUUCCAGGUUCCAGCAUGCCUCGCCUCUGCUUGCUUGGGCUGCAUACGCAUUUUCUACACAGAUCUGUAGCUCCAUGUUUCGUUUUGGAGUGUGGGGAGCAAGCCAGGGUCUUCGAGUUAGGGAGGGAGGUGGGGGUGGCAGAUGCAAGCUUAGCUUGGACAUGGGUGCGGCUCAGCUCUGUGUCCUUCGCUCCCCGGCCUAAGGCUGACCCUGGCAGAGACUCUCAUACCCCAGCCCCCCACCCCCCCCACGCCUGCCUCCGGAGCCAUAGUAGGGCUGGGAGGAACUGCUAUAGCCAGUGCCUGCCUGGCUGUUCCUAGAGUGCUGCUUCUAAACCCAGACCAAGCUUUGUCCCUUGUAGGGAGAAUGGAGGGCAACUGCAGUGUCCCUGUGGCCUUGGCUUCAUCUCCUCAUUCUGUGGUUCUUUGGGGGUUCCCAGUCCCCCAAACUGAACACUCACGCCCCUGUCCAAUAGCCCGAUGGCUUGAUUAUUGCCUGGCAUUGCCUGGCCCUUCGAUGCUGGAAUCAAAGAUUGCCUUCCCAAGUAUUUUUGUUAAGAUGGCAAUAAAAAGAAAUUGAUCUCACACUUGGAACACA